AUGCAGUGCUGGAGCACUUUCCUCGUGCCAAUCUCGUUGGGUGCCUAUUCCAUUGAUAACAGGCACUCCGUCGCAAUGGUGGAUCUGCGCAUUCCUGAGGACCAAAUAAAAGAUGCGCUCAGCUCCGGCAAGUUGGAUACACUAACUCGCAUCCCCGUGGACGAAAUCCGGAAAAAAGGCAUGUGGAACGACUUCUGGAGGUACUUUGUGAAGACUUGGAUGGAGCGGUACGACGCAACGAAGUGGAACGUCCAGGAAAUGGUGCGGUACGAAGUUGAUAUCAUCAACCGAACCAAUAAUCCAUUGGAAAAGAACAACCGUGACUUUGCGUCGCGGCUCGGUACGCAUCCAAGCCUUCUUGCCUUUAUUGAAGGAACCAAGAAGGAGGCAGAACGCUACAUUCGACUGAUCAUCGAUAUCAAGCAUGGUCGUCAAUCGGUCCCUCAUCAUACUCCACCGGUGCAACCGGUUGUUCCGGCCAGCUAUGCUUGCUUCGUCUAG